CCCACUAUUCCAGCUGUUCUGUAGAGAAGUUGUGAAAGAAAGUUGCGCGUCUUCCUGGGAUCGGGAAUAUCUGCUUAGCAGGUUUUUUAUAAAUUGUUUUAGUUUGGCUUCAUGUGGUUAUUGUGAGAUAAAAAAUAAUAAUUUCUGAAAUGUCUAGAAAUCUUAUUCUAGAUAUGUAUCUCUUCGUAUCAGAAGAUAUAGCUGACUCCUGUCAAUUGAUUUCCUGAACUAUUCUGUCGUCAGAAAGAUAAUCGUAGUCAGUUAUUUGAAUGUAAAUUCCCUCCGAAACUUUCAAGCGGUAUACAGUUGGCUUAGUGCUGCUGUUUAUUCUGUUGUGUACUCUGAUUACGACCCUAUUACGGCAUGGCAAUGGAAUGCAUUAAGAACUGCUGCAAAACCUUCCUAGGCAAAGACGCUGAGAUCGAACAGCAAGUGAUUACAAUGAAGAUGCCCCCUGCCAGAGCGAUCUCAGGUGUCCCCAGGAAGGGUGUAGGGGUAUCAGAGGACUAUCUCCUCUCUAAACUCCCCCCGGAUGGAAAAGAGAUCCCCUUUGUCCUCCCCACAUUCAAACCGUCCUACAUCCAACCACGCGGAUCACGUUACCUCGGCUACCAGACACCAGGGCUACACGGUUCAGCCAGGAGCACCUAUGCAGAGAGGAAGGCGGAGCUGUCAGGGGCCAGUCACAUAGUCUAUAACCCCGACUCCUCCCCCAACAUGUCUCCCGGAACAACACGACAAAGCAAUCUGAAAAAGAGUCUCCGGGGCUCAGAAUCAGGUGGUAAUAUAAAGACUGGGACUCUGAGCAAAUCCAUGUUUGACUUGUCCAACUCCAACCCUCCCAGCCACAUACAGCGUUACGACAGUGUGUCCAGUGUCCAGAGCAGCAGUGCGUCGUCCUCCCAGAGGGACUCCCUGGAGAACAGCCGUAGCCUUGAGUCCAUCACAUUGUCUGGAGACGAGAGAGACUUGGGGAAGGUGUGUGUUCGGCUGAGUUACCAGGAGGCCCUGGAGCAGGUGUGGAUCACGUUGGUACAGUGUAAGGAUGUGUCCCCCGCCCAGAACAGCAGUGAGCAGCAGAAGAUUAGCUUUAAAGGCAUCAUCACUAUGAGCAAACCGGUACAGUUCAAGAGCUCCGUCAAGGAAGGUUCUCCGGACACAGUCUUCAUGGAGACCUUUGUGUUUACGUUGCGACUGCAGCAGCUGCGUUGCUGUGCUCUGGUAUUCCGUCUGCAGACCCAUCACCCCAGGAAGAGGACGGUGGCAGAGUGUUUCCUCUCCCUCAGACAGCUGGGCCCUGAGGAGACACAGCACUGGAUGGAGCUCAUCCCCCCUUCCAAGACCACUGUGUGUCACGCUGAGCUGCACCUGGCCACCUGUUUCCAGCCCGUUAACGGACGCAUCCAACUGCAGGUCCUCGCUGCCCAGAAUCUCCCUGCUCCACUCAGGCAGGCGUUCUUUGUGAAGAUAGAGAUGCAGCAGUCGGGCAGGGUGGUGAUGAAGAAGAAGACUCACACCCUGAAGUCCUCCGGAGGUCAGCUGACCUGGACUGAGUCUUUCUACUUCCCCUUAGCUCUGGACCAGAGCUUCCUUCUGUCAGUCAAACUCUACAGUCACCGCUCUGUCAGACGAAAACACUUCCUCGGACAGGUUCACCUUGGCUUCGACAGCCCAACGCAGGAAGCAGCAGAGCAGUGGAGGGACAGCAUGUCUCACCCCGAGAGGGUGGUGGCUGUAUGGCACAGACUCAACGGGUCCUGAAACGCCUGUAGAAAUUCACACAGCCUGUAGAAACUCACACAGCCUGUAGAAACUCACACAGCCUGUAGAAACUCACACAGCCUGUAGAAACUCACACAGCCUGUAGAAACUCACACAGCCUGUAGCAACUCACACAGCCUGUAGCAACUCACACAGCCUGUCACAGCCUGUAGAAACUCACACAGCCUGUAGCAAUUCACACAGCCUGUAGCAACUCACACAGCCUGUCACAGCCUGUAGAAACUCACACAGCCUGUCACAGCCUGUAGAAACUCACACAGCCUGUCACAGCCUGUAGCAACUCACACAGCCUGUCACAGCCUGUAGCAACUCACACAGCCUGUCACAGCCUGUAGAAACUCACACAGCCUACAUUCAAAAUGGCACCCUAUUUCGGGGGUUCUCAAAGUGGGGUCCACGGUGGUACUGCCACGGAGUCCGUGGCCACAUCUCAAAAUAAAUAUUUAAAAAAUAUUAAAAUAAAAUACAUUUCUUAUUAAUAUUACAAACAACAACAGGUUAAACACAAAUUUUCGCAUAUGGAUCUAUGGAAUAAGUUUAUGGUGUGUAAUACAAUGUUAUAUUAUUAACCUAAAAUGUAUGUUCUUAAAGGCCUAAUGCAGUCAAAACUGUGAUUUUCCUAUGUUUUAUAUAUGAGGUUGGAAUAAUACUGUGAAAUUGUGAAAAUUAUGAUAAUGCCCUUUUAGUGUAAGAGCUGUUUUGAAAAGACCUGAAAUUUCAUCCUGUUUUGGUGAGAUGGAGUUUUGGUCUGCCUGAAGACAUCACCAAGCAGUAAAUUAAUUAAUCAAAUGAAAUCAAACUUUAUUUGUCACAUGCGUCGAAAACAACAAGUGUAGUAGACCUUACCCGUGAAAUGCUGACUUACAAGCCCUUAACCAACGGUGCAGUUCAAGAAAGAGUUAAGAAAAUAUUUAACAAGUAAACUAAAGUCAAAAUCAUUAAAAAGUAACACAAUAAAAUAACAAUAAUGAGACUAUAUACAGGGUACUGAGUCAAUGUGCGGGGGUACAGGUUAGUCAAGGUAAUUUGUACAUGUAGGUAGGGGUGAAGUGACUAUGCAUAGAUAAUAAACAGCGAGUAGCAACAGUGUAUAAAACAAAUGGAGGGGGGGGGGGGGGCAAUUUAAAUAGUCCAGGUGGCCAUUUGAUUAAUUGUUCAUCAGUCUGAUGGCUUGGUGGUAGAAGCUGUUAAGGAGCCUUUUGGUCCUAGACUUGGCGCUCCGGUACCGCUUGCCGUGCGGUAGCAGAGAGAACAGUCUGUGACUUGGGUGACUGGAGUAAUCUCAGUUCUGAUGUCCAGAAGUUAUUUUCGGUCAUAAGAGACGGUGAGCAGCAACAUUAUGUACAAAACAAGUUACGAACAACACGAAACAACUAACAAAAUAGCGCAGUUGGUUAGGAGCAUGUAAAACAUCAGCCAUCCCCUCCGGCGCCAAUAAGAAAGACAUUUUCAAAUCUCUCUGCCAAUAACAGCUCGUUUUCAGUUUCCCCCUCCCCCACUCAGACCACUCCCAGACAGUCCUAGCAAAAUUCUUGCUUUAGAAAUUGCUCUUUACUAAGAAGCUAUUUUUGUUUAUUUUUGACCAUUUCAUUUGAAACAAUCACAGUAACGUACUUAAUUGUUACCCAACAACAAAACAUCUCUCUGCCCCAUGACAAAAUGUGUAAGAAUUACAGAAUAAAAAAUACAAAAACGGCAACAUUUUCUCUCCGAUGCCAAGUAGCAGGGCUUUAAAACGUUCCAUCCCAGGGCUCAAGACUUGGUUCGCCCGGCCACGCGCUGCCAAAGUCAUAGUAAAACUCCUCGGGGCCAUACUUGUGAACAUAAGCAACCAUUUAAAUGUAAACAGUUUCAUCCGCCGUAUCAGCACAUUAAAAUCGUUGAUUUACUUGCACGUGACCAGAAUGCUAAAUUGUAGCUGGUUCCAGAUAAAAUGGCGCACGUUUAGCCCUAUGCUAACCUCACCAGGUGACACUAAUUAUAUCCUGGCAAAAGUUCUGGAAAUGAAGAUUGAGAAUUGAAUUAAAAAAAGGAGUGACCUCUUUCAGCCUAGCACACAAACACACUGCACAUCAUAGGCUAUAUUACAUAGACGUGUACACCUAAAUGUAGCCCUACAAUGUUUAAUGUGCAUUUAUUAUAAUCAUCUGCUUUGUUACUUAGGCUAUACGUUAUUUGACUCGAGGAGGAUGUCCAAGUCCAAGUGUACAGUGGGAUUGAUUAUAGGUUGCACUCUUGUUAUCAUCCUACAGGUGGCAGUAAUGAAGUUAUUUUUAAAAUACGUUUUAUUGCGAGUGGAACAGACAGUCUAAAUGGAGGACAACUCUGGGCUGUAAAUCUAUCUGAUGGGGAAUUAGUUCUAUUUGACAAAGUCAUCUUAACUCUCUGAUUAGCCUUUUCUGUAGGCUAGCUACUAUAGGAUAUCCAAUCAACGUAGCUACAUUCAUUCACAUCAAAUAGUGUUCUCCUUAUGUUAUAACAUGCUAAUGAAUAUGAGGCAUUGUAUGGUACACCUCAAUUCAUAAUGAACCCCAUUAACUACCAUGGUCCUAUUACACAUGCACUAUAGCCUCGGCUUCCAGGCCCGCUGAGGUGAACGCAUGGUGGAGCCUACCCAUGGAGUGAUUACGCCCUCUCCUGGCGAAGAGACGUUAGUGUAGGCUGUAUUCUUAUGUAGGCUACACUUACAUGCAGGCCUGCAGCGUUUUAUAGGCUAUGCGUUAUUAUAUACAUCGACUUCGUGACAUGGCGUUUGGAAUUGAGCGUCAAAGACCGGCAGUGAACAGUUUUUUUGGAACGGUUGCUUAUGUUCGAUAAUUAUCGCCCCCUUGUAUGCUAUUUUUAUCUGACUCGAGUUGUGUUCUGGUUAUGAGAGGGUCCCUGAUGACAAAAGGAGUCCCCGGCCCCACAAAACAAUAUGAGAACCCCUGCCCAAUUUUAGUGCAUAACUUCUGACCGGCUCUGGUCAAGAGUAGAGCACCAUAUAUGGAAUAGGUUGCCAUUUGGGACGUAGACACAGCCUCACCUGGACAGGCAGGUGACCAAGACGACUUAGACACAGCCUCACCUGGACAGGCAGGUGACCAAGACGAUGUAGACACAGCCUCACCUGAACAGACAGGUGACCAAGACGACGUAGACACAGCCUCACCUGAACAGACAGGUUACCAAGACGACGUAGACACAGCCUCACCUGGACAGGCAGGUGACCAAGACGAUGUAGACACAGCCUCACCUGGACAGGCAGGUGACCAAGACGAUGUAGACACAGCCUCACCUGGACAGGCAGGUGACCAAGACGACGUAGACACAGCCUCACCUGGACAGGCAGGUGACCAAGACGACGUAGACACAGCCUCACCUGGACAGACAGGUGACCAAGACGAAAGUAGACACAGCCUCACCUGGACAGGCAGGUGACCAAGACGACGUAGACACAGCCUCACCUGGACAGGCAGGUGACCAAGACGACUUAGACACAGCCUCACCUAGACACGCAGGUGACCAAGACGACGUAGACACAGCCUCACCUGAACAGACAGGUGACCAAGACGACGUAGACACAGCCUCACCUGAACAGACAGGUGACCAAGACGACGUAGACACAGCCUCACCUGAACAGACAGGUGACCAAGACGACGUAGACACAGCCUCACCUGAACAGACAGGUGACCAAGACGACGUAGACACAGCCUCACCUGAACAGACAGGUGACCAAGACGAUGUAGACACAGCCUCACCUGAACAGACAGGUGACCAAGACGAUGUAGACACAGCCUCACCUGAACAGACAGGUGACCAAGACGACGUAGUCACAGCCUCACCUGGACAGGCAGGUGACCAAGACGACGUAGACACAGCCUCACCUGGACAGGCAGGUGACCAAGACGACGUAGACACAGCCUCACCUAGACACGCAGGUGACCAAGACGACGUAGACACAGCCUCACCUAGACACGCGGGUGACCAAGACGACGUAGACACAGCCUCACCUAGACAGGCAGGUGACCAAGACGAUGUAGACACAGCCUCACCUGGACAGGCAGGUGACCAAGACGACGUAGACACAGCCUCACCUGGACAGGCAGGUGACCAAGACGACGUAGACACAGCCUCACCUGGACAGGCAGGUGACCAAGACGAUGUAGACACAGCCUCACCUGGACAGGCAGGUGACCAAGACGACUUAGACACAGCCUCACCUAGACAGGCAGGUGACCAAGACGACGUAGACACAGCCUCACCUGAACAGACAGGUGACCAAGACCAAGACCUGUAAACUCAUAACACAAGCACAUGCUUUUUAGUCGAGAACCGGACCCAUAGGAACAACCACACCUGUACCUGUACCUGUACCUGUAUGCUCUAUAACUGGGCUUGGCAACAGACAGCUUUUUCAAAGACUGUUAAAUCACCAGGAAUUCAGCAAAAAUUUGUUUAAUAUAGUAAAUAUGUUCAAUUAUUUUGGGGCUUAGUUCCUAGAUUCAAUCAGAUCAAACUGACAUAGCUGAUGUUUUGACCGUGUUGGGAGGUGGAACUACGUUGGAGAGGUCAAACGUUUCUGUCUCCCUAAUGGAGGUGUAGAUUACAUCUCACAUUCCAGUGUUCCCAACAUGUAAACAAGUCUGCAUGGGAUUUCUCUUAAAUGCGACGCCGUGCAACCAAUGACAAUGGUCGCUUUAGGUAUAACGCCAGGAGCCACUUGUGGAUUUCACGUCUCUAACGCAGUUCCACCUCCGAUACCGCCAAAAUGUAAAUAUUAGUAUAGAGUUAUGUUCCGCCCCCCCCCCCGACCAUCUGCUCCGACAUAAAUCGGGCCUGCGUCUCAAUGUGGGCACAUCCUGUUGUUUUAUAAGAUCACAGGACACUGCUUCCACUACAGAUUAUGUUUCCUCACUCUGCUUAAUUAAAAAAGAGUUGUUAUUUAAACACAUUCUGUGAAUGUCUGGAAGAACAAAUUGAUUUGUUUAUUUUUUUUGUCGAUAAAGUUUGACUCGUUUUUGUAUGUUGUCAAAUGUUUUAGUGAACGUGCAGUACAUUCGGGGAAAGUUAUUUUUGAAUGGAUAUGGAUGUUUUUAAAGAAAGAAAAUGAUUUUUAAACUCUUAUUUAAUAUAUUUAUAGCUGUUUAUAACUGCUAGGAAUUGUAGCAUGUAUGAAUACCUGGUCUAUUAUAAUGUAUCAAUAUUUUUUGCACUUCCUUGUUUAGUCUUCUAAUCUUAAUCUAGAGAACUACUGUAUAAACAUAAUAAAUUAUUAACCUCACAUUA